AUGUGCAGAAAUGUGGACCGGGGCGCGCGCGCACACACACACAGAGAGAGAAAGCGAGAGAGAAAGACCGACACAAAGCUGCUGUUUCAUUAUAAGGGCGCUGUGCGCUUCAACACCAGAGACCUCGCUCAGCAUUUUCUCUUGUCUUGUGGGUCUUUAAAGAUGAUCAGCUCUGACCUGUUGAGCAGGGCAGUGGAGAGCGGCUCUCGUGGUAUGACUACUACAAACAAGGCAAACAAAGCACUGAAGGUGAAGCGAGAGCCAGGUGAGAAUGGCACGAGUCUUACGGAUGAUGAGCUGGUGUCCAUGUCUGUGCGAGAGCUGAAUCAGCACUUGCGUGGUCUGACCAAAGAUGAAAUCCUGCAGUUGAAACAGAGGAGGCGCACACUUAAGAACCGGGGCUAUGCUGCCAGCUGCCGCGUCAAACGCGUCACCCAGAAGGAGGAGCUGGAGAAACAGAAGGCAGAGCUUCAGCAGGAGGUGGAGAAGCUCGCCUCUGAGAACGCCAGCAUGAAAGUGGAGCUUGAUGUUCUGCGCUCCAAAUACGAGGCUCUCCAGAGUUUUGCCAGAACUGUGGCCCGCAGUCCAGUGGCUGCUGCCAGGGGCCCCAUCACAUCAGUCAUAGGGCCCCUCAUACCAGGCAAAGUUGCUGCCACCAGCGUCAUCACCAUUGUCAAGUCCAAAACAGCAGCACGAUCAUAAUGCACCAACGGAGAACAUUUUGUAAGUAUAUUGGUCAGCGUGUCCAUCAAGCACAGGGUCACUCAUCCUAUAUGACAUGCAAUAAUAGUCAACAAUAUCAGAGAAACAAGAUCAAAACUGAAACAGACAACACUGACAUCGCUCAGAAAACGACAAAAGAAACAGAACCCUCUCACAGCACAUUCUGUUUAGAGAUUAAUCUUUCAUUAACAACCCUUAAUAAACAA